AUGACAAAACUUUCGAAAUCAACUCCAGCAAAUUUCUCAAAAAUUCAUAUCGUUGACUGGAGCUUAAUCGAAAGUAUAGAUCCCAUGGUGUUAAAAGUUACUAAUGAUAGGAAAUCAAUGAAAAAAAUUGUGAAAAACUUUUUAAAUGCAAAUGCUUUAUUUAAAGAUCCAUCAUUUUGUCCUCCAGAACUAGUUCUGAAGUAUUUUCAAAUCUUACAAGUAUCUGUUGCAGAAUUAAUCAACGAAAAUAAUCAAUUACGUGAAACUCUCAAUGAAAAGACGCAAGAAGCCAGAAAAACGAAACUUAAGUUACAACAAAGUCAAACAAUUCAACUUCAAGAAAAAGCUAAAACUCAAACUCUUCCAAAAACAAUAUUCCAGUGCCCAUUUUGCCCUAAAGCAUAUUACACACAGCAUUACGUUCAUAAGCAUAUUGCGAAAGAUCAUCAAGAAGAUGUUAACAAACUCACAAAAUCUGCACCAGUACCAACGAGAAGGAAAAAAUCUAAGCAAAGUAAAGAAGAUAUUGAUGCUUUAAGAGGUGAAUUACAAGCAAUGUUUGACAAGUUCGAUACUACUACUAGACAAGAACAAGAGGAACAAUAUGUUCGCUAUUCGAAGAGAUUCCGUAAUUUAGAACAAAAGAUAGAUAAUUUAGGUCAAAACGAUAAGUUCAAGAAACCACUUAUUAAAAGAAAGAAUGAUUUAAUGAACUCUUAUGCAAUUUAUUCUUCUGAUCAAAAGGGAAGCGAUUCAUCAUCUAGUGAGUCUAAUAACAGUUCAAAUAAGCGCACAGAUAGCCAUCAAAAUAGUAAUAAGGUUGAAAGCACAACUCUUGGCGAAGGAACAAUCGAUAAGAGUAGGGGUAAUUUUAGCUAA